AAAAUCUUGUUUUACUUUUGAAAAAAAAAAAAAACAUUACAAUUAUAUUGGUGUGUUGUUUGUCUGGGCGUUUAUCUGCUCGCUGCCCCUCUGCGCGGUUCUGUCAUGCAGCCCCGACCCCCGGAGGUAGCGAGUCUGUACCAGACAGAGUUCACCCGCAGUGCUCGUGCCGUGGGGGUGCUCUGGGGGGUCUGCACCCUCUGCUUCGCGGUCAUCGAGGUGGUCAUUCUGAUCCAACCCUCCUGGGUCGGGACCGGAGAGAUCCACUACCAUCCUGACGAGUACCAGAGGCCCCAGCUGCAGCCCCCCGCCUCGGGGUCCCUGGGGCUCUACGAGGUGUGCGUGGAGACAGACUGGCUGGUCCCCGACUGCCGGGGGUCUGUCUCCUCCCUAGCCCCGAUCCCCGCCUUCCAGUCAGCUGCAGUGUUUGUGUGCAUGUCCCUGGUUCUGGUGUGGAUCAGCGUGGGCUGCCUAGCCUUGUUCCGCUUCUGCAACUCAGCCACUGUCUACAAAAUCUGCGCCUGGCUGCAGCUGUGUGCUGGUUUCUGCCUGGCUCUGUCUUGUCUGGUGUUUCCUGACAGCUGGGACGCCCCUGAGAUGAGGUUCCUGUGUGGGGACGAGGUGGGUAGCUUCUCCUUGGGCCGCUGCUCUGUGCACUGGGCCUUCAUACUGGCCAUACUGGGAGUGCUGGAUGCGCUGAUCCUGUCCACGCUGGCCUUCGUACUGGGGAACCGGCAGGACGCCCUGCUACCUUCCAGCGCACCCCCAAACAAGAACGGUACGAGGCAUCUCCUUGUGACCUAAUAGCAUUGCCAUGGCAACUCUGUGUCUGUAGUCAGGCUGCACAAUGGAGAGCUUCAGUGUCCUCUGCAUAUGUGGUCGCAUCAUAGCUAAAAAAAAAAAAAAAAAAACUGGCGGUGCUCCUGGUUAUAUAACCCCAUCUUGUCGUCCUAGCAACUGGUGCUCGGCAACCAACCCCCUCUUCCCCCUUCCCUCUUUGAGACUUGUCUCCUGUAUUAUGUAUUAUUAUUGAGAAACUUUGUAUGGAGAUGGACCUGCGUUGAAAACAAAUAAAUGUCAUCUUUUAAAAUA